GGUCCAGACCCAGGCGGAAGGGACUCGACGAGUCUGGCCCUCUGGCAAUCUCCAUCAGGAUGCCUCUUCAUCUCCUAGGAAAGAAGUCUUGGAACGUGUACAACGCGGACAACAUUGCCCGUGUCCGCCGUGAUGAGGCAGCCGCCAAAGCCUCCGAAGAAGCUGAGGAGCAGCGCAUGCAAGAAGUCGAUGCAGAGCGUCGACUAGCCAUUUUGCGCGGCGAAGAGCCUCCGCCUCUACCGGAACCUAGCCCUGAACAAGCCGUCGUUCGGCGCGAUCGCCAUGCCUCGGGUCACGAGCGCAAGAAGCGGAAACGCACUGGCGAGGACGAUACGGACUUUGAACUACGAAUCGCUCAGGAACGAUCUGCUGUGGUCCGAGCACACGGAGAAGAUGUCUCGCAAAGGAAAACAAGCAGCGCGCCGAUUGUGGAUCGGAACGGACACAUUGAUCUGUUUGGCGAGGAGCGCAAGGCAAACCGACGUUCAGAGAAGAACGAAGAGGCGGAGAAAGAGGCUGAAAAGAAGAAGCGUGAAUACGAGGACCAAUACAGGAUGCGUCUGUCGAGCGCCCCGGGCCGUGGAGGCAUGUUGAACCCCUGGUACUCCAAGACAGCCGACGACGGAGCACAGCCAGAUGGGUUCCAGGCAUCUGAGAAGGACGUCUGGGGCAACGAAGACCCUGGGCGCAAGAAGCGGGCAGCAGACAGGAUUACCUCCAGUGACCCGCUAGCCCUGAUGAAGCGAGGGGCUGCCAAGGUGAGGGAAGUUAAGAAUGAAAGGCAGAAACUACAGCAAGAGAGGGACACGGAGCUCGAGAAAAUGCGGCGAGACGACAGGCGCAGAGAGAGGCGUGAGCGAGAUGAGAGACGUUCUGAAAGGCGGCAUCGCGACCGAAAACGUGAUGGGGUGGGUGAACUCGACGGUCACGAAGAGAAUCGCGACCGUCGCGAGUCUCGACACCACGACCGCAGGAGACCUUCAUCGAGUGCGCGACACCAGCAGGACGAAGGACAUCGUCAACGCGACUAUUGA